AUGAAUGCCGAUGCAUCAAAUCCAAUCCCCACAAUCAUCUUUUUCAUCUACGUAUCACUCUUCCCAGUAAUAAUCGCUUCCCGUAAUCUAAAGUACAGUUCAAAUACCCAACUGUAUGAUGAUGACUCCAUCACAUAUAUAUGGCCAUUGCCUUCUGAAUUCAGUUUCGGAAAUCAAACGCUGGCCGUUGACCCUAAUUUGUCGCUUGCUGUUAGUGGCAAUGGCGGGGGUUCUGCUAUUGUUAAGGAGGCUUUUGAGAGAUAUAAAUCGAUUAUAUUUAAGCAUCAUUCUAAGUUACCGAAGUCUGAAGGGAGCUAUGAUAUUGAAAAGCUUAAUGUUAUUGUUUAUUCCGCUAAUGAAGAGCUUCAACUUGGAGUGGAUGAGAGCUAUUCAUUGUCGGUGGCGAAAAGAGACGAGCAUUCAAUUAUUGGGGAGAUCACAAUUGAGGCAAAUUUUGUAUAUGGUGCACUACGUGGCCUAGAGGUAUGGUGGAUCAUAGUAGAUAUAUGCAUGGGUGUAGGAUAUCCUGAUCUCUGGCCUUCUCCUUCCUGCAAAGAGCCUCUGGACGUUUCUAAGAACUUUACAUUUGAUGUGAUAUCAGGCAUCCUGGCAGACAUGCGAAAAGUUUUUCCCUUCGAACUUUUCCACUUGGGUGGUGAUGAGGUUCAUACAGACUGUUGGACCUCCACGCCACCAGUAAAGCAAUGGCUUCAAGAUCAUAAUAUGACUGGUAAUGAUGCAUAUCAAUAUUUUGUACUCAGAGCUCAAAAAAUAGUAGCAUCACUAAAUUGGACCCCUGUCAACUGGGAAGAAACUUUCAACACAUUCCCGACAAAACUCAACCCACAGACCGUAGUGCAUAACUGGUUGGGUUCUGGCGUUUGUCCAAAGGCUGUUGCAAAAGGUUUUAGGUGCAUUUUCAGUAACCAAGGCGUUUGGUAUCUUGACCACUUAGAUAUCCCAUGGAGUACUGUCUAUUAUGCUGAUCCAUUAGAAGGAAUUACUGAUGUUUCCGAGCAGAAACUUGUUCUUGGAGGAGAGGCUUGCAUGUGGGCUGAAAAAGCUGAUGCCUCUAAUGUUCAACAAACAAUAUGGCCUCGAGCUGCUGCGGUAGCAGAACGCUUGUGGAGCAACAAGGAGUCUGCAUCUUCUGAAAAUAGUACUACAUUGCAGAGAUUAGAGUAUUUUCGAUGUCUUCUGACGAGGCGUGGAGUUCAAGCUGCACCUGUUACGAAUUUUUAUGCUCGAAGUCCUCCAACUGGUCCUGGAUCAUGCUAUGAGCAGUGA